GAUCUUCUACAUGAAUCUCGUGCUCCUUUUAAUCCUAGCUCGUUCCUCACACCACUUAGUACUCUAGACCCACACAACAGUUUCUUCCCGCCUCCCCAUUUAAGAGAGACCUCUAUCCAACUCACCUUUCAUCCUUCUUCAAUUAACUCCAAGUCUCUCAAACCGGAAACAUCAGCCAAACAUGUACACACCCGCCGAGGCAACCGUCGAGCUCGAUUUCUUGGGAGUCGGGAUGACGGCGGCUAUGGAUCACCACCCCCACAACAACCAGCGAGGCGGCGGUGACAACUUCUCCACGGCCUUGCCCAAAUCUCCCUUCCAGAAGUUCCUCGAACGCGGGAGAAACUUCCGAGGAGUCCAGGCCCGAGAAGUGAAUAUUCCAAAUCUUCUAACCUCUGAGGUUCUGAAAUCCGUGAUUGCAGCCAGGAAAUCCAUGGCUGCGUCUCCGGAGAAUGCCCCUGAAAAACCAAAACCGAAGCCUAUGACGGUUUUCUACGGCGGAAGCGUCGCUGUUUUUGAAGUCACUCCGGAGAAGUUUGAGAGCAUAGUGAAGCUUGCCAUGGAAGAAAAAUUCAAAGCUGCUAGAGCUGCAGAUCGCCCACAGGAGUCAAAACAACAACAGCUGGUGAAUGUUGACGGUCCUCUCAACGAAGAUCUGCCAAUUGCUCGAAGAAAAUCACUUCAGAGGUUCUUGGAGAAACGUAAAGAGAGGUUGAACACUGUGUCCCCCUAUGGUUGUCACACCAACAACUACUAAGAGUUUAGGCCACGCCAAACGCGUUUCGCGACUGACUGAAGUCACGAGACUCUUAGAAAUCUAAAUAGAAAUUAAGAUGGAGACGAAAGUAGUAGUAAUAGCGUUCUAUGUUUUUGCUUGAUAUGUGAAAGCGGGACAAAAGAAAAGGAGUAUUCCCUCCCUUGGCUAUAGUCCUUGGCCUGGUAGGCUUUUGUUUUUGACGUGAAUGCUGUACAAAAGCUUUUUCACGUUUUAGUUUUGGGGGGCUUUGCUUUGCUUUUGACCAUAGUAGCAUUAUUGCCUUAUUGGUAGUAUUCUCCAUGUCGAUCGACUCGUCUCCUUCCUCACAUUUUCCUCAGUGGUCUUUAUGUGACCAUUCUUUUAUUAAUCUCAAAAUGUGUAAG